AUGGGUCAUCCUGGGAUUCAUUUAUGGACAUGGACACUGUUUGUCUGGCUGAGUUGGAUGUGUGUGGGUCAAGCGUUUGCAGGACUGCAGUACAUGGUGGCCAUUCCUGCAGUUCUAGAAUCUGGAGCUGAGACCAAACUCUGUGCGAGUCUCUUGCAGCCCAACGAGACUCUGGUCAUGACUGUCACUUUGAUGCCCCAAGAGCAGAAUACAACGCUUUUCAAGAAGACAUCCAGUAAAAAGUUUCAUACCUGCACUCAAUUUAAGGUUCCUUUAGUGCAGAAUGAAGUGGUGAAGAAGCUGGAGGUAAAGGUACAAGGUGACAAUUUUUACUCUAGAAAAGUCAGCAAAGUCAUGAUCAAAGUCUAUCAACCAAUGACAUUCGUCCAAACCGAUAAACCGAUCUACCUCCCUGGACAAACAGUACAUUUCAGAGUCGUUACACUGGACACCAAGUUGAGACCUAGCAGUCAGCUGUAUAAUAUCAUCGAAAUUGCGGAUCCUAACAACAACAGGAUUGGGCAGUGGCUGAAUGAAACGUCAAACGGUAAAAUACUACAGCUUUCUUACUCCCUGAACUCUGAGGCCCGUGAAGGAACCUACCAAGUCAUUGUGUCAAUUGGUGAAAAUAAACUACAUCACAGCUUCAAGGUGGAGAAAUAUGUUUUGCCAAAAUUUGAUAUAAAAAUAAAUAUGUCUGAUGAAGUAAGUAUUGAGCAGGAAGAAAUCAAAGCUGAAGUAUGUGCAAAGUAUACAUACGGACAGCCUGUGUCAGGCAGUGUUCAAGUUCAGGUGUGCCGACCUCUGAAUCAGAAUAUUUAUCGUGCCAGUGUACGCACCCCUGAGCAUCCAGAAAGAGUCCCUGACAUAACUGCCCCAUGCUACAAGGAGACAAAGCAGACAGACAAGAGAGGCUGUGCCACUUUUACCUUUACGAUGUCAGCUUUCACAAAACUUGACCGAAAUGUGCUGCAAGAUGUACUGGACCUCAGUGCCAAGGUGGAAGAGGAGGGCAUAGGUAUUUCACACCAACAGGAGAAGAGAAUAGGGAUUUCAUAUGUUGUUGGAAAGCUGUCCUUCAUUGACACACCCAAGAUUUAUGACCAAGGAUCAAAUGUGGAGGGAAAAGUUAAAGCAGUUCACUACAAUAAUACACCCAUUCCUGACAUGCCAGUGUACCUGUUUGAGGGUGAAAGGUGGUCAGCACGUCUGGUACAGAACCUCACAACUGACAGUGAUGGGAUUGCCACCUUCUCAUUCAGCACCGCAAACUUUAAACGGAACAUCCGCCUCCGUGUUGGCAACAAACCGACGCUGGACAACGUUGGUUAUAGAAUGCCAUACUAUGAGGUUGGAGAGCAUGUGUUGUCUGUGCCCGAACCUCCUUCUCCUGAUUCUAAAACAGUCAGCUCCCUGGAGGUGAAGAAGAAGAAGGAUCAGCUACUUCUCUGUGACAGAGAAGAAGACAUCUCCAUCAAAUACACUGUAGUUGGAGAGACCCAGGGCCCUGUGGAUGUGAUGUAUCUGGUCUUAUCCAGAGGAGCCAUUAUCAUGCAAGGAGUUAAGCAGGUUGAAGUGCAAGCUAAAUCAGUGACUGAGGGCGAGGUGUCCUUCAAGUUGACAGUGUCUGCAGAGAUGGCACCAGGCGUCCAGGUUGUAGCUUACGCCGUCCUCCCCAGUGAGACUGUGAUCGCCCACAGGGCUGACUUCUCCACCGAGAAAUGCUUCAGUCACAAGGUGUCGCUGGAGUUUUCUCCGCCCUCAGCUGUUCCAGGAGAGGAAACCAUCCUGCAGGUGACGGCCCAGCCAGACUCUCUGUGUGGUGUGAGUGCUGUCGACCAGAGCGUCCUCAUCAAGGAACCAGGGAAGACUCUGAAUGCAGACAAGAUAUUUGCCUUGUUGCCUGUCAGAGAAGCAUCCUCUGUUCCACAUGAGGUGCAAGAUCCUGAUGGAUGCCGCCAUGUGAGAACUAGAAUAUACAUGGCACACCACAGAAGGGUCAAAGGGAGAGAAGAUGAUGCUCAUUCAGUUUUCCAGAAUGCAGGUCUGAAGAUGACAACAAACUUUAUCAGAGUGCCUUUAUGCAUCAAGUACAGAGGAUGGGAACGUAGGCGUUACGGAAGUUAUGGCUUAAAGAUCCUUCCUCGAUUCCAUGCGUUAGGAGUAGUACAAUUUAUGAAUAGACCCUUUAGUGCUGCCAGAUCAUCUCCUCCUCCUCCUCCUCCUCCUCCUACUUCUCCACCACCAAUAGAGACAGUCCGCACUUUCUUCCCUGAGACCUGGAUAUGGGACCUGGUGGAAGUUGGAGUGUCUGGAACAAAGGAUGUGUCCCUCACUGUCCCAGACACCAUCACCACCUGGGAGACGGAGGCUUUCUGUUUGUCCCCUCAGGGGUUUGGCUUGGCUCCUCGUAAAGAGAUCACCGUCUUCCAGCCCUUCUUCCUGGAGCUCAGCCUGCCUUACUCCAUCAUCCGGGGGGAGCACUUUGAACUGAAGGCAACCACCUUCAACUACCUGUCCAGCUGCAUCAUGGUCACUGUGACUCCAGCACCCUCUUUAGACUACACCCUCACUCCGCUCUCUGGUGACCAGUACACAUCCUGUUUGUGUGGCAGUGAGCGCAAGACCCUCAGCUGGACCAUGGCCCCCUCAGUCUUGGGGGUUGUGAAUGUGUCUGUGACUGCUGAGGCUGUGGCAUCCCACACUUCAUGUGACAAUGAGAUUGUGAGUGUUCCAGAGAGAGGACGUAUCGACGUGGUCACACGAUCUCUCAUAGUAAAGGCUGAGGGAACUGAGAUCACCAAGACCUACAACUUUCUGCUCUGCCCAAAAGGGGAAGCUGUGACAGAGGAAAUAGACAUCCAACUCCCCGAGAACAUGAUUGAUGGAUCUGCCCGUGCUUCACUUUCAGUCCUGGGUGACAUUCUGGGCCGAGCCCUGAAGAACCUGGAUGGGCUGCUAAAGAUGCCGUAUGGAUGUGGAGAGCAGAACAUGGCGCUCCUGGCCCCCAACAUUUACAUCCUCCAGUACCUGGAAAACACACAGCAGCUGACCGCAGCCAUCAAGGAGAAGGCUACAAACUUCCUGACCAGUGGCUACCAGAGACAGCUGAACUACAAACAUGGCGACGGUGCUUACAGCACAUUUGGAUCAGGACCGGGGAACACUUGGCUGACUGCUUUUGUGCUGAGAUCUUUUGCCAAAGCACAGUCUUUCAUCUACAUUGACCCAAAAAUGCUUGCUGAGUCUAAGUCUUGGCUGGAUGGUAAACAACGAGAAAAUGGCUGUUUCCAGCAGCUGGGAAAACUCUUCAACAACAGAAUGAAGGGUGGUGUGUCUGAUGAAGUGACUCUCAGUGCUUACAUCACUGCUGCCUACUUGGAGAUGAAUGUGCCCCUAAAUGAUCAUGUGGUGAAGAAGAGCCUGUCUUGUCUCAGAGAGUCCAUCAGUGACCUCAGCAACACCUACACUACAGCUCUGCUGGCGUACGUCUUCACCCUGGCAGGAGAAACGGAGACCCGUGCUCACCUUCUGAAGCACCUGGACACUGUUGCAUCAAACCAAGGAGGUUUCCUCCACUGGUCUCAGACAGCGACAGAAACGUCAGCCUCUCUGUCUGUGGAGAUCAGCUCCUAUGUGCUGCUGGCCAGACUCAGCGGCUCUCCCGCUGCUGAAGACCUGGGCGCCGCCACCAGCAUCGUCAGAUGGUUGACGGGCCAGCAGAACUAUUAUGGAGGCUUCUCCUCUACACAGGACACAGUGGUGGCUCUCCAGGCUCUGGCUCUCUACGCCACUGCAGUGUUCAGUCCAGAGGGUUCCAGCACAGUGACAGUCCAGUCUCCCAGUGGCCAGCUGACAUUUGAUGUGAAUCAGAACAACAAACUGCUCUACCAGGAGAAGCUGCUGCAGGAAGUGACAGGAAAGUACAGCCUGGAGGUGAAGGGCUCUGCAUGUGCUUCAGUGCAGAUCUCUCUUCACUAUAACAUCCCAACUCCUGCUGCUGUCACCACUCUCAGUGUGAAGGUCAAACCAGAGGCCGACUGCACAUCUCUCAGACCCAAACUCACUCUGAAGCUAAAGUCCUUAUAUAGUGGAACAGCAAGCACUACAAACAUGGUGAUCCUGGACAUCAAAAUGCUCUCUGGCUUUGUCCCAGACCCAGAGUCUUUGAGGAGGCUCAAAGGUGCCCUGCUGGUGGAUCGUGUUGAAGAAAAGGAAGAUCACGUUCUGGUGUACAUAACGGAGUUAACGAAGAACAUACCUAUCAACCACAGCUUAGACCUCCUACAGGAGCUCCCAGUGCAGAACCUGAAGCCAGCCGUGGUCAAGAUCUAUGACUACUACCAGCCAAGUGACCAGGCUGAGACAAAAUACAUCUACCCUUGUCGUUCUUAAAAUCACCAAAAAUUCAAGAGGAAUAAUUAAACAAAAUUAAGCAAAA